AUGACUCCUGAAGAAUAUAGAGCCCGAAAGGUUGCUCUUAUCACUGGUGUCACUGGUCAAGAUGGUUCUUACUUGGUCGAAUUCUUGUUGGAAAAGGGUUAUGAAGUUCACGGUAUCAUUCGUCGUUCUUCUUCUUUCAAUACGGGUCGUAUUGAGCAUAUCUACAGAGACAGACACGAAACUGGUGUCAAAUUCUUCCUUCACUAUGGUGAUUUGACUGAUUCCACAUGUUUGGUUCAUAUUGUCUCCAAAGUUCAACCUACUGAAAUUUACAAUUUGGCAGCUCAAUCACACGUCAAGGUUUCCUUUGACAUGUCUGAAUAUACCGGUGAUGUGGAUGCCCUUGGUACACUUCGUUUAUUAGAUGCCAUCCGUACUUGUGGUCUUGCUGACCGUGUCCGAUUCUACCAAGCUUCUACUUCCGAACUCUACGGUAAGGUCGUAGAAACCCCUCAAAAGGAAACCACACCCUUCUAUCCUCGUUCUCCCUAUGGUGUGGCCAAACUCUACGGUUACUGGAUCACCGUCAACUACCGUGAAUCAUACGGUAUGUACACCUGUAACGGUAUCUUGUUCAACCACGAAUCUCCUCGUCGUGGUCGCACUUUUGUUACUCGUAAGAUUACUCGUGCUGUCGCCGAUAUCCAUUUGGGACGUCAAGAAUGUCUUUACCUUGGAAAUAUCGAUGCUAAGCGUGAUUGGGGUCAUGCCCGUGAUUAUAUUGAAGGUAUGUGGCUCAUGUUACAACAAGAAACGCCUGAUGAUUUCGUCUUGGCUACUGGUGAAACACACACUGUCCGUAGCUUUGUUGAAAAGGCUUUUAAGGUAACAGGCCGCACUAUUGUUUGGGAAGGUGAAGGUGUCAAUGAGAUUGGUAAGGAUGCUGAAACUGGCAAAGUGCGUGUCCGCAUUGAUCCCAAAUAUUUCCGUCCUGCGGAAGUUGAUCUUUUGUUGGGUGAUCCUACAAAGGCCAAUGAAAAGUUGGGCUGGAAGCGUAAGGUCACUUUUGAUGAACUCGUCCACGAAAUGGUUGUUGCCGAUAUUGAAACGAGUCUCAAGUCUUCUACCCUAGUGUAA